AUGCACCGUCGGUGGGACAGGAGCCCUGGGCCUGGCGGCACCGCCGCAGACUCACCGGGGAUUACACCCCAGUGCCCACCGGAGCGGGCAGAGCAGAGGUGGUUCAGCCGGUGUCACGGCCCAAACCCGGACGUUUCAAAAACAACGAAACGCAACGAGCGGCUGCCAUUGCCCGGCCACUUCCUGCGGGGGGGACGGACACAGCCCCGGGACCGGCAGCUCCGUGCCGCACUCAGCGGGAACAACCCCCCCAGCACCUCCCGUUCCCUGCGGCAAGGGCAACCUCCUCUCCCGCCCCGUCCCCAGGAGUCCCUCCAACAGCCGCCGCCGGGGGGUCCCGGGCAUGGGGGUAGCGAAUGGGGGCAGCAGGGUGUGUGUGGGGGGGUCGGACACGGACACGCCGCUCGGCCGGGGGGGGGGUCUCCUUCUAACGUCCGGUAUGCGAAAGCACGGGGCGGGGUGGGGGGGAAACACACCGGUCCCCGGAGAACUGGGAGGAGAGCAAGUGGCUCACAGGGGACCGGUAACGGAGGGUUGAAGGGGCCAGCGUCUCCCCGGUCACCGGAGUACACCGAGCUGGAGCGGGAGAAGCGUCUCACCAGGAUGGGAAAGGGAGAGUUAGUUCCAGAGGGGCCGCCCCGGCCUCCCACCCCGGUCCCAAACCGCUCCCCGCCACCCCUCAGCCGUUAA